AUUAUUAACAGCAGAGAGGCUAAUUCGCUCAGUUUGAAUCAAAUACCCAGCAGCAGCGUCCAUAUCCUUAAGUCUGUCGCUAAACUCCCCUCCACGCCAUUCGAGUUAUCGUGAGAAGAUCCGCGCGAGGCAGCCGCUGACUGUCAGACCCUGGGCAGCGCAGCGUGUGCGCGCCUCCCUGCGCCACUCGGGGACGACGGCCGGAGCGAGCGGAGCGGAGCAGGAGCGAUAGGGCGGAUUUAAAAAAAAAAAAAAAAAAAAAAAAACCUUCAGCGCGGCUUCCCGGACCCCCACCCUCCCCUAUUACCUCCGCCCCCUUCCCAUCAGCUCUGGACCACGACCGGACCGCGGGACCGCCGUGUCCUCCCCGUGGACGCGCAGAGGGUUGAUCCGAUGCAUUAUUUACGACCGAAACUUCAGCAACUUACCCUCCGGAUAUGGCUCCCGGUUUGAAGGGCGGCCGAGCGGCUCACCCCGAAGUGGUCGGAGCCGAACGAGCGGACCCCGGCGGGACCUCUCCGCGGAGGAAGGAUGCCGGAGGAGAGGUGACGCGCUCGAGGACCAGGUGGCGACCCGGAGCCGCGGGGAUGCUCGCCGACUGUCUGCUGUCCGUGGGGAUGCUUUCACUUCUCGUCCGGUGCGCCGUGUCCGCAGAGGAAAAAUCCACCUACGUCGCUUCCGACUCAAUUGACCCCGCAGUCACCACUGCUCCUGCUCAUCCCCUGGCUGACCCCUCCGUGGUGGAGGAGGUGCCUCUCUCAGCCGUCCAUCCGGAUGGCGACUCUGAGUCCGAGGGGGAAGGUUUGUCGGGGCAGCCUGCCUUUUCGUCCGUCUUAACUGUCAUGGCGGGAACUCUCAAACAUCCACUGAGCCUUGAUGAAAGUAGAACGUCGCCAACCAUCACCAGGGAUGAGACCCACACCACCCAAUGGCCUUCACGUAGCUCCAGCCACGGCUCGGAGAUGACCUCCUCAUCUUUUUCUGUGGGAGGCAGGAUCAUCCUCGCCAGCUCAGAGGCGGGGACGGAUGAGCUCACCGCUGGAACAACGAGGGCAGUUGUGCACACUUUCCCCAAAGAAAAAGCAAGCGGUUUAGCCCCCUCUCAAUCAGUCAGAAUCGCCCUCUCUGCUGGGCCCACCGAGAGAACGUCUCAGGUGUCACCUCUGCAGGAGACCCUGACCGACUCUGUCCAGCCCGCCACCACAACCGCCGCUUCAACUACUGCAUCGACCACGCCUUCCCUGAGAGUCACCGGCGGAGUCACAACGUCUACCACCACCACCACCACCACCACCACCAAGACGCAGCCUUCGCCUGUGACCAGGAGAACCACGACCACCACAACCACCAGGACUCUAACCAGCAGGAGGAUAUUCACACCGCCUUUCCCCAGGGAGACCACCGGCGUCUUCGUAUCCCCUUUCACCACCACCACGGAGGCGCCACCGCAGCAGUGUAACAUCACGGAGAGAUUGUGGGUGAAAACAGUUGUUUCUAUUUAUGUGAGAAGAAACCGGCUGGAUAGUAUUCAGAGGCAGAACCUGCGAAGGGGACUAAGUCAGGGCCUCCGGAAAGCUCUGAAUGAUACUUCUGCUCAAGCACAGGUGGAGACAGUGUUUGGUUCUCCCAACAUGACGGUGGCUUAUCACGUGACUGGAGCGGACAUGGUUUACCCUCCUUCUGCAGUGCUCGAAGGCUUGGAGUCUUAUGGCCGUGAUAAGCUGAUUUCAGACCUGCGACAGUACCUCCCCAUGGUAACAGCCCUGCCCCUCCCAGUUGCAUUAUGGAGAUCCAGCCCAGCAACUGGCUUCCAACUGAAAACAGUGCUACAGUUUGUGGGAGCAGGCGAUGACCCUCGGUCCUGCCGGUUCUCUCAAAUGAUGGAGCAGAGGCUGGAACGGGUGUUUUCUGAAGCACAGGCCAAAGUGCUCAACGCCUACAGCAGACUCUCUGUUCAGAUGCUGAGUGUUUCCCAGGCAGCCCGUUCUCCUGCUGUGUCCUUGGUUUACACUGUGAGGAAUGGGACUGUCUUUCUUAAUGGCACCACUGCCUCAAAUCUCCUUAGUCAGCUGUCAGCUGAGCUGGUGGGCUACUUCCUCUUCUAUCCACCACUUAUGAUUGCUGAGCCGCUGGAGUAUCACAAUCUGAACACCUCCAUUGCCACCAGAGACUUCUGGGUUAUCACAGUGAUCCAGGAUGUGGAUAACGCCAGCUUGGAUGGACAGUACCAAAGCUUUGCCAGUCUAAUGGAGCAGCGUCUGGCAGAGCUGUUUGUGUUGGCAGGUCAGCAGGGCACUCGCUUCAAACGAGCCACGGCUGUGGGCAGCUACACAGUCCAGAUGGUGAGUAUCCGUCGGUUGUCAGUGAUGAAGAAUCCGGCUGAAAUGACCUACUAUGUCCAGAACAAUGGCGUUCCUUUGUCGGGCGCGUCAGCUGCCAAGGUCCUGAACACAGUGGAUUCUCAGACUGUGGCGCUCACGCUCGGCUACUUUGUCCAGCUGCAAGCAGAACCUGUGGUCAAGAACCCUCCUAAUAACCUUUGGAUAAUCGCCGCAGUGUUGGCCCCCAUCGCCGUGGUAACACUCAUUAUCAUCAUCAUCACAGCUGUGCUGUGCAGGAAGAAUAAAAAUGACUUUAAAGCUGAUGCCAUUGGAAACCUAAAUCCCCGAGCUAAGAUGGCAUAUCGGAGAGAUGUGGGAUAUUAUCACCAGCCGGUGCAGGGCUUUGACUAUGCCAAGCAGCACCUGGGCCAGCAGGGGGGAGAUGAAGAGACCCUGCCUGCCAGUCAGGACACCUUAGUGAUGUCUCUACAAAUUCGGGACACACCACUUUCACUAGAAAAGGUUCUGCAGCAAGACGGAACCGGCAAUAAGAAAAGCCUCACUUCUGACAAACAUAAGAGCAAGUUGCCGAGUGAGGACGGUUCCGUCAUCAGCAACGAAUCAGAGAAGCUGAAUUCCAGCCGGAGCUUGACAGUGCUGAAAGUCACAGCACAGCAGAAACUGACAAAGGAGGAGACGCGCAAGAGGGACGAUGCAUAUGACACCUCCUCUGGCUCCCUGCAGCUCAUCUCUGUAAAGCCCACGGCGGGUCAGCCCCACUACACACACCCUGCGUCCUCUGAGCGCGGCCAGGACUCGGCCAUCGUCAAUGGAGAGGUGAACUUGGCUCUGAAGCAGAAGUCGGACAUUGAACACUACAGAAACAAGCUGAGACUGAAGGCUAAGAGGAAGGGCUAUUAUGACUUCCCCUCCACGGAGGGCAGCAGCAGUGGUCGAGCUGUGGUGCAGAGACAGCGGCACAGCCAUGAGAGGGCAGCCGGUGAGCAUGGCAGACCACUGGAGCCUGAUGAUGAGCGAGGUUCCACUUAUGUCAAGUCUCACAGGAGACACUCCCAAGUAGGGCAGCCAGCGUAUCGCAGCAGACAGAGUCUGAGCAGUCCCAGCCCGGGAGGAACAGAGAUGGACCUGCUCGUUAUGAGGGAGAGACCCAGGAGAGGCAUCCGCAACAGCGGCUAUGACACGGAGCCUGAGUUGAUUGAGGAGACGAACGUCGACCGUCUAUUGGGGCCACAGGGAUUCAUGUACGGCCAGGGCUUGAAAGGCCACUCGGAGACUUCCACUCUGAGCUCUCAGCCGUCCAUUGAUGAAGUGCGACAGCAGAUGCACCUGCUGCUGGAGGAGGCAUUCAGCCUGGCUUCGGGGGGUCAGUCCACAUCCGGAAGACACUCCCAUCACCAACACCCACCUCCUGACCACUACAACCCCGCGCCGACACCCCUCCCAUACGCAGACGUGGUGACCAGCGCCCCGGGUACGAUGAGCUGUGGGAGGGGAGGCUUGCAGUGGGUACCAUCCUAUGGUGCAGAGAUAUAUCAAUGCAGCCUGCCCAAACCUGCCUUUCGCUUUACCCAGCUUCCUGAGAUGGCCAUGGGCUCUCCUCCCCCUUUACCGCCUCGUAAUGGACCGCCUCCUGGGAACCCCUUAAGACGUUCCACUUCUGACUUGGGGCCCAAGGCAAGGAGCUCAGCGACAUCUGUCACUGAAAGGCAAAGUCAACAUGACGACAACCCAUAUGGGCCAACAACUCGAGCAGCACUUCCAUCUAUCACUGCAGAGCAGCCUGUGUCCAACUACUCAGGAAACCCAAUAACAGCCGUCUAUGCCAUCCCAGCCAUCAGGCCCGGCUACUCAGAAUACUUUGUCUCCACACCAACCACCUCCUACCACAGUCCCUCCUGGAUGUCCUAUCCACCUGAACCUGAGGAUCUGCCAAAGCAGUGGGCAGACUCUGUUCCCCUUCCCGGGUACGUAGAGGCGUUUCCUCAUCCUCGCUACCCACAGGGGAGCCCCACCAGGUUGCCCCUGCAGUAUAACCAAGCACUUGAGCGGCCAGGCAUGUCCCCUAGCCCAGUAUCCCAGCAAAGGCUGCCUCAUGUGGCGAAGGACAUGGACUGCAUGCCCCUGAGCAGCCUCUCCACCUCUGCACUCGUGCAGGCUAUCCGGCUGGAGGUGGCCAAGCUGGCCAAGAAGCAGAAUGACGUGUUUGAUUUUUAGCUUUUGGUUUUGGUUCUCUCCUUGUAUGCAGACGAUGGUAAACGGUGCAUUGGUCUUCAACAGGGGUACAGAAGAGGCAGUGCUCCUUCUGACAGUUUGUUGGUGUUUGUCCUGUAAAAUUAACCGCUGUUUUUUUGUUUUUUUGUUCACAUAGCCUUGGUGUAUUGCA